AUCACGGCGACGACGCGCGCGAUGGCGACGCAAUUCGCGCGCGCGAGCGCGCUCGAGACGUGCGUGUGACGCGCGACCGCGCGACGCGCGCGCGCGUAACGCGCGACCGCGCGCGCGUCGGAGGCGUCGCGCGCGGAUAAAGCCCUGCGAUGACGAUGACGAUGGCGCGGCGCGACGACGACGACGACGAAGACGACGACGCGAGACUGACGAGGGCGCGAACGACGACGACGAUGGCGACAGACGCACGACGCUUCGAUCGAACCGCGGACGACGAAGCGUGGAGACGCGAGCGAGCAAGGUGGAGAGGAACCCGCGGAUGGCGCAACUGAAGGCUGGGUACUUGUUUCCGGAGAUCGCGCGCAUUCGCAACGCGCACUUGGAGAAGAAUCCGGACGCGAAGAUCAUCUCUCUUGGGAUCGGUGACACGACGGAACCGAUUCCUAAGCCGAUCACGGAUGGGAUGGUGGCCGCGGCGGCGGCGUUGGGCACGAAGGAAGGGUACUCGGCGAAGGGCGGGUACGGACCCGAGGCGGGUCAAAUGGAAUUGCGCAAGACUAUCGCGGAAAAGCUCUACAAGGGGACGCCGAUCACGUACGAAGACGUGUUCGCGUCUGAUGGGUCCAAGUGCGAUAUCUCGCGCAUGUUGCAAAUGUUUGGCAGUGGACGUAAGAUUGCGGUGCAAGACCCGUCGUACCCGGCGUACGUCGAUUCCUCCGUCAUCAUGGGUCACUCCACGGGCUUCAACGACGCGGUCAAGCAGUACGAAAACAUUACGUACAUGCCGUGCGGCGCUGAGAAUGAUUUCUUUCCGGACUUGUCCGCGGCUAAGAGCGCGGAACUCAUCUUCUUCUGCUCCCCGAAUAACCCGACGGGCGCCGCGGCGACGCGCGCGCAGCUCACCGAGCUCGUGAACCAAGCUUUGGAGAGUGGAUCCAUCAUCAUCUACGACGCGGCGUAUUCCGCGUUUGUCGGUAACCCGGACUGCCCGAAGACUAUUUACGAAAUUCCGGGCGCUGAGAAGUGCGCGAUCGAGACGUGCUCGUUCUCCAAGUACGCCGGUUUCACCGGUUUGCGUCUCGGCUGGACCGUCUUCCCGGAGGCGCUCAAGUUUUCCGACGGCUCCUCCGUGCGUCAAGAUUGGACCCGUAUGAUGGGUACGUCCUUCAACGGUGCGUCUACUGUCGCGCAAGGUGCCGGUCUCGCGUGCCUCACCGACGCCGGUUUGGCCGCCAUGGGUGAUAUGGUUGCGUUUUACAAGGAAAACGCCGCCAUCCUCAAGCGCACGUGGGAAGAAAUGGGCUACAAAGUGUACGGUGGUACCGAUGCGCCUUACGUGUGGGUUUCUUUCGAAGGCCGCGACUCAUGGGAAGUCUUCACGGAAAUCCUCGACAAGACGGACAUCGUCACCACCCCAGGCGCCGGUUUCGGCCCCGCCGGGAACGGCUACGUGCGCUGCAGCGCGUUCGGCAGCCGCGAGAACAUCAACGAAGCCGCGCGUCGUCUCAAAGAGUCUUUCUCGAAGUAAAUGCGCGGGCGUUGAGUAGGCACCGUU